GGCUGGUGGAGAUGAAGGUGGAGGAGCUAACAGGGGAUGUCAUCAUGAGUCUCCUCCUCUCGCGCAGCUCCACGUCCGCUCAUCCACGCACAUGGUCCACUUCUCUUCACUAAGAACAGGGGUCAGACUUGCACAUUUUGUUCCUGCCGUUCUCACUGGAGAUGGAGCAUAAUAAAUGAUUUGAUACAGAAAGAAAACAACGAUGAGACUCGGCUGAAACUCCAGGCUUGAGGUGAACAGACUCUUGUUUGGUUGAUGGUCCGACGUCACAUUCCUGAUUCUUGAUUUUUGUAGUACCCCUGCCUCUUGAGUUGAGUUCAUCAUGGGGGACGCCGACUCCACCAGCUCCAUGCGUCUAAAGCAGGAGAUCUCACUACUGCACGGCGUCUGUCUCAUCGUGGGGAACAUGAUUGGCUCGGGCAUCUUUGUUUCCCCCAUUGGUGUUCUUGAGAAAACAGGAUCUUAUGGUCUGUCUCUGGUGAUUUGGGUUAUUGGAGGAAUCUUCUCUAUUUUUGGGGCCCUGUGCUACGCCGAGCUGGGCACCACCAUUCGCAAGUCAGGAGCUAGUUAUGCCUACAUCCUGGAGACCUUUGGGGGCUUCCUUGCAUUCAUCCGUCUGUGGACCUCACUGAUGAUCGUGGAGCCGGCCUGCCAGGCGGUCAUUGCUCUUACUUUUGCUAAUUACCUAGUGAAACCGUUCUUCCCCACCUGCCCGGCACCAAAUGAUGCAGUACGUCUCAUUGCGGCUCUCAUUAUAGGUCUUCUCACCUUUGUGAACUGCAUGAAGGUGAAAUGGGGGGCCAUUCUUCAGGUCAUCUCUACUGUGGCUAAAGUCCUGGCUCUCAUAGUCAUUAUCAUUGCUGGAAUGAUUGUGCUGGCCCAAGGAAAAACAGAUAACUUUAGGGAUUCGUUUGAGAACUCUAAACUGGAUCCAGGAAACAUGGCUCUGGCUCUGUAUGCCGCUCUGUACUCGUACUCCGGCUGGGAUACCCUGAACUUCAUCACAGAGGAGAUUAAAAACCCAGAAAGGAACCUGCCAUUGUCUAUAGCAAUCUCCAUGCCUAUUGUCACAGUAAUCUACAUCCUGACUAAUAUCGCCUAUUAUGCAGUGCUGGACAUGAAUACACUGCUACAGAGUGAAGCUGUGGCUGUGACAUUUGCUGACUAUGUGCUUGGAUAUGCUAGCUGGCUCAUCCCGCUGUCUGUGGCCAUCUCCUGUUAUGGAGGCUUAAACUCCUCUAUCAUUGCUGCCUCCAGGCUAUUCUUUGUGGGUUCACGUGAGGGCCAUUUACCCAAUGUCCUCUGUAUGAUCCACGUCAAACGCUACACACCAAUUCCAGCCCUGCUGUUUAAUGGUGUUAUGUCACUCAUAUUUCUCUGCGUGAAAGACGUGUUCCAACUAAUUAAUUACUUCAGUUUUAAUUACUGGUUGUUCAUCGGCCUUUCUAUAGGCAGUCAGAUCUACCUGCGCUUUAAAGCACCUGACCUGCCCCGUCCUGUUAAGUUGAGUCUGUUCUUCCCUAUAGUGUACUGCCUGUGCAGUGUGUUUCUGGUGGUUGUACCGCUCUACAGUGACACUAUAAACUCUCUGGUGGGAAUCAUCGUUGCUCUCUCCGGGGCUCCUGUGUAUUACAUAUGUGUGCACCUCCCGCCCAGCUCCAGACCCGCCUUUCUGGGACACAUGCUCGACACAAUUUCAUUGCAAACACAGAAGCUGUGUUAUUGCUGCGUGGCAGAACCCAGUUUGGAUCUGGACAAUCCGCCCGAGGAUCACAAAAAAGAAUAAACAUCGGCUCUAAAGGAAGCUGAACCAAAGAAGCCGGAUUACCCAGACUUCUUUGAGAAUAAGCCAACACUCAAGCCUGAACCGCACGUCUGCACCUUCCAGUCUUGAGCGUGCAUGGAAUGGAGCAAUGGAUAGAGACGGAGAUUAGGAUUGAAAUAUUCAACCGAGUAAACAGCUGAACACACAAGUACACACACCCUGUGCCUCUGAUCCCUCAGACCUGUGACUGUUUUGAACAUCAAGUUCAGUCCAGUGGACACAACACAGUGGACCAUUCAGUUAAAGACUGUUGUGAAUGUGACGGUAAUAUGUUGUUUUAUUGAAAUCAGGUUUACAUCCUUGUUUUAUUCAUAAAUGUUUAUUUUAUUGUCCUUCUGUGAGCUUCUGCUGUUCAUCACAGCAGUCUUGUAUGGGGCUCUCUAGUAGAGAUGAUCAACUUUUGUUAGGCCUUUUAACUGAAACGUGGUGUUAAAGAUGCAUUUUUGCUGGAUAACGAAUUUUAUUUACAGAGAUGAAGGAUUGUUUCAUAGGUACUCCAGACUUGAAAGCCAUGUCUUUUUUUUAUUUUUCUAGUUAUAACUCCAAUUGGGAAACUGACUUUGUUUCUGAAGUUAUUCUGUGAGCCUUAUUUCAGCUUUAUAUAAAGAUUUCUUUCUUUUAUCUAGUGUGUCCAUAUAGUCCAAAGCACAGCAUGUGUUUUGUCGUGAGGUCCAGACCAGAAAAAUAAUAAUCUGUUUUUUAUAGAUUUUGCUUUUGUUUUUAGUGACCAACAUUUGAAUAAUGUCUUUCCUUUUUUUUUUUUUUUUUUUUUUGUCUCUUUAUUCAUUUUUAUUCUUUUUAUCUGUGCAUCCUCCCCCACAAAAAAACAAAACAAAAAACAAUUGCAGUUGCAUAAAUGUUUUUUGGGAGCACUGUCAGUAUGUGCAGAAAUAUGUUUUCCGUACAAGUAAUGAUAUAAAACAGCAGAAUUUGAGUUUACGAGAGGGGAGAUGGUGUCUUAACGUGUUUGCCAGUUUUGGUCAAUCACAACUUCAGAUUUUUCCAAAUAACUUUAUUUUGUAUGAUUGUUGACAGGCACAGACAUCACUUUAAAAACUUUUAAAAUAUUUUUCAGGAUUUCUAACGAGUCCAUCAAUUCCUCAUCUGAUGGACUCGUUAGAAUAAUAGACCAAAGAAUUGGUUAAAUGAAUACCAGCAAUUAAGAAGCCUAAAGAUGUUUAUGGCAGUAGAGCUUUAAUAUGUCUUAAAAAAAAAAAAAUCUUGCCAUUGCUCUUGUAUUCUGUACUGCAGCACUUGAUUGCAUGCACAGUUCAUCUCUGUCCAAUACAGUGACCAAAGUCAUAUCCAAAAUGUAAGUCCAUCUAAAAUAUAUUCCGCCCUGAAAUUAUUAAUUACAUGUAAUUCUGACCCAACUCUGUUUUGCAGAUGGUUGUGUGUUAGUCACCAAAACAAAAUAUUUAAAUGUUAAUCAUCUUCACUUUUGUUCUGUGAUUAAAUAUUCCAUCCAUUUUCCCUCGUGUCAUAAGGACUGUAUGGUUAUUAUACGUGCCUUAAAGCAGUAGUGAUUUUAUAUGGCCAAAUGAUCAGUAUAUUGUGCAGAACAUCCAAAUAUUCUAUAGUCUUUUGAGAAUUAUAAAUCUAUGCUCUUUUUACAUUCCAUUAUGUUUUAUUUUCAUGUAAGACUGUGUAACGGAUUGUUGGUUUCUUUUAUUUAUUCCAUAGAUGAUAAAUUGUAGACACUAUGACAAUAAACAUAAGGCAAAAAGAAACCUUUGGUUAUUUUACUUG